CUUUGGGAGGCGGAGAAGAAGCGUGGGGGUCUGGGGGCCUUUUUUGUUCGGCUGGAGAGUCCUGUCUGAGCGGCCAGCAGGAGCACAACACACCGCAUAGGGACUGCAUCUUCACCAACACUCUGCCACUGCGUUCUCCGCUGAACUGAUAACCGCCCACAGGAUCUAUUUGAACACCACCACCAGGCUCGGAAACGUACUGUUACUGGCCCCUUUGGAUCCUGGGUCAACCUCCAGGUUUUAUCCGCCGUUAGCCAGAGUUUUUGCUGCGGGGUCUGGGGGUGUGUUGGACAGCGGGCGGGCGUUCAGCUGCACGCUGCCUGGAGGGGGCUGGAAGUCCGAUCCGCUGCCAGCCUGAAGCGGCCGGCGCGGUGGCCGCAGAACUUGGACUAGUCGGCCUGUAUCCUCGCAGCUAAGUGGAUGGGAUGGAGCCAGGACCGUCUGGCGCUGUGCCCCCCAUGGGGGCCUUCCCCCCUCCCCUGCACCAGGUGUUCCAGGCGCCGCGGAGACCAGGUAUGGGGACGGUGGGGAAGCCCAUCAAGCUGCUGGCCAACUACUUUGAGGUGGAGAUCCCCAAGAUGGACGUCUUCCACUACGAGGUCGACAUCAAGCCGGACAAGUGCCCCCGCAGGGUCAACAGAGAGGUGGUUGAGUACAUGGUCCAACACUUCAAGCCACAGCUGUUUGGUGACAGGAAGCCGGUGUACGACGGGAAGAAGAACAUCUAUACCGUGCUUGCACUCCCUAUAGGGAGCGAGAAGGUGGACUUUGAGGUGACCAUCCCAGGCGAGGGAAAGGACCGGAUCUUCAAGGUGUCAAUCCGCUGGCUAGCCAAGGUGUCCUGGCGUCUUCUGCAGGAGGCGCUGGUCAGCGGGCGAAUGCAGGUUCCCCUCGACUCGGUCCAGGCUCUGGACGUGGCCAUGCGCCACCUGGCCUCUAUGAGGUACACCCCGGUGGGCCGUUCAUUCUUCUCCCCCCCAGAGGGGUACUACCACCCCCUGGGCGGGGGCAGAGAGGUGUGGUUUGGCUUCCACCAGUCCGUCCGCCCCGCCAUGUGGAAGAUGAUGCUCAACAUCGACGUGUCUGCCACCGCCUUCUACAAAGCCCAGCCGGUCAUUGAGUUCAUGUGCGAGGUCCUGGACAUCCGUAACAUCGACGAGCAGCCCAAGACCCUGACCGACUCUCAGAGAGUCCGCUUCACCAAGGAGAUUAAAGGUGGGCUCCUGAGCAGUGGUCUGAAGGUAGAGGUGACCCACUGUGGGCAGAUGAAGAGGAAGUACCGUGUGUGUAACGUCACACGCCGCCCGGCCAGCCACCAGACGUUUCCCCUGCAGCUAGAGAGCGGUCAGACAGUGGAGUGCACGGUGGCGCAGUACUUCAAACAGAAGUACAACCUGCAGCUGAAGUACCCCCACCUGCCCUGUCUGCAGGUGGGCCAGGAGCAAAAACACACCUACCUGCCCCUGGAGGUGUGUAACAUUGUAGCAGGCCAGCGCUGCAUCAAGAAGCUGACUGAUAACCAGACCUCGACGAUGAUCAAGGCCACGGCUCGCUCUGCCCCCGACAGACAGGAAGAGAUCAGCCGGCUGAUGAAGAACGCCAACUUCAACCUGGACCCGUACAUCCAGGAGUUUGGGAUUAAGGUGAAGGACGAGAUGGCCGAGGUGACGGGCCGGGUGCUGCCUGCACCCAUCCUGCAGUAUGGAGGCCGGAACCGGGCCAUCGCCACACCCAACCAGGGGGUGUGGGACAUGCGGGGGAAGCAGUUCUACAACGGCAUCGAGAUCAAGGUGUGGGCCAUCGCCUGCUUCGCCCCGCAGAAACAGUGCCGAGAGGAGGUGCUCAAGAACUUCACGGACCAGCUGCGUAAGAUCUCCAAGGACGCUGGGAUGCCCAUCCAGGGCCAGCCGUGCUUCUGUAAGUACGCCCAGGGGGCCGACAGCGUGGAGCCCAUGUUCAGACACCUGAAGAACACCUACGCCGGCCUGCAGCUCAUCAUCGUCAUCCUGCCCGGGAAGACCCCCGUCUACGCGGAGGUGAAGCGUGUGGGAGACACCCUCCUGGGCAUGGCCACGCAGUGUGUCCAGGUGAAGAACGUGGUGAAGACGUCUCCCCAGACGCUGUCCAACCUCUGCCUCAAGAUCAACGUCAAGCUGGGAGGAAUCAACAACAUCCUGGUCCCUCACCAGCGCUCGGCUGUGUUCCAGCAGCCUGUUAUCUUCCUGGGAGCCGACGUCACCCACCCCCCUGCUGGGGACGGCAAGAAGCCCUCCAUCACUGCUGUGGUGGGCAGUAUGGACGCCCACCCCAGCAGGUACUGCGCCACGGUCCGCGUCCAGAGGCCCAGGCAGGAGAUCAUCGAGGACCUGUCCUUCAUGGUGCGAGAGCUCCUGAUCCAGUUCUACAAGUCCACCCGCUUCAAGCCCACCAGGAUCAUCUUCUACCGGGACGGGGUUCCAGAAGGACAGCUACCCCAGAUCUUACACUACGAGCUGCUGGCGAUCCGGGACGCCUGCAUCAAGCUGGAGAAGGACUACCAGCCCGGCAUCACCUACAUCGUGGUCCAGAAACGCCAUCACACCCGCCUCUUCUGCGCAGACAAGUCUGAACGAAUUGGGAAGAGCGGGAACAUUCCAGCAGGAACCACCGUGGACACCAGCAUCACACACCCCUUCGAGUUCGACUUCUACCUGUGCAGCCACGCUGGAAUUCAGGGCACCAGUCGGCCCUCCCAUUACUACGUCCUCUGGGACGACAACCGCUUCACGGCGGACGAGCUGCAGAUCCUCACCUACCAGCUGUGCCACACGUACGUCCGCUGCACGCGCUCCGUGUCCAUCCCCGCGCCGGCCUACUACGCACGUCUGGUCGCCUUCCGCGCCCGCUACCACCUGGUGGACAAGGAGCACGACAGUGGAGAGGGCAGCCAUGUCUCUGGUCAGAGCAACGGCCGGGACCCUCAGGCGCUGGCCAAGGCGGUCCAGAUCCACCACGACACCCUGAGGACCAUGUACUUCGCAGACACACACACACACACACAGACAGACACACACACACACACACACACACACAGACACACAGACACACACACACAGAGAGAGAGAGUAAUAUAUACGCACACACACACUAACAUAUGCACACACAUAGCGUGUCAGUCUUGGAGUAUAUAGAGGUGUGUGUGCCCCUACAUCCUGUCUACCCAGACCAGACACUGUGCAAGGAGGGACGUACAUACACACACACACACACGGAUAUAUUCUGGACUGAGGACACGAGCACUGCUUUAAUAUCAAAAGACUUUUAUGCAAUACUGAACCAGCCAAUCAUGAUUUUAGUUUCCCCCCCCCCCCCUCCUCCUCAUUUUCCCCGGGAGAUGUGAGGGGCGUUAUCCCUAACCUUCAGCCGCUAUCGCAUCAUGUUUCUUGCGUAGCCCAACUCGGUUUGAACAGCAGCCCUUUUGGAUUGGUCAGUUUUAAUUUUUUUUGUGUGUGUGUUUUUAUUUUUUAUAUGACAGCGAUAUAAUAUAUGUGCCUGUAUGGGUUCCCUCUGUCUGGAUGUAACCCCAAAGCCUGGCUGCAGCCAGGCUUCAACUGCCUCCUUUAUAUUUAAGACGGUGUCAUGCCCCCAUCUGGCCACACGGGGGAGGUGUUGGCCCUCUGGUGAUGUGCAGUGACGCACGGGGGGAGAUCGGGAGGGGUUUCAACUUCAUCAGCUCUCUGUAUUUUCUAAGGGGUUUCAUCUUUUGUUCAUUUUUGUUUGUUUUCCAUUUUUAAGAACAAUCCUUUUCGGUUCCCAUAUGAUAUUUAAAUGUGACGAUAUUUCCGCCCGCUUCGGUUGCUACCCUAGCUCUCAUUCCCCGUCUGAAGGAGUGAGGUAACGCCGUCUCAAAUGCGAGUAGGAAGCUUCCUCGGUAGUUCCCUACCUUGUGAAAGUGGUCAAUUGAGUCCCACCGCCUAAUCGGCUAGCAUCAUGUGACGAUCACGUCGGGCGUACGUACGUCCUAUCCUACGAGGGGGUGGGUCACAUCGGGGUCCUUUUGGGAUCUUACACACCGAGGAUCACUCUGACAUUUCCUUGAAGCCAAGUCCUAUGUUCCUGCUGAAUUGGGACAGUCCUAUGCCACCACAACACCUCCAAUUGCCCCCUAUUUAGGAAGCUUCCAUGCAAUUGAGACACAGCCCUUGGGAAGGUCAUUCCCCAACAAAUAUUUUGGAGAUGGUAGGGGAGAGAGACAGUUUGAAGAGCGUCGGUAGGGCAGAGAGAUAGUUUUGAAGAGCGAUGGUAGGGCAGGGAGACAGUUUAACGAGAGAUGGUAUAUCGACAAUUUUAGAGAAAGAUGGAUAACCGGGAGUUUAAAUAGAGAUGGAACAGAGAAAGAUAAUAGAUGGUACAGUUUGAAGAGAGAUGGUAAAGGGCAGAGAGAGUUUAAAGAAAGAUGGUUGAGAACAUAGACAGUAUGUAGAGCUUUGGUAGAGAGACGGUAAAGAAAUCUAGAGAACAGUGACAGAGAUGGUGUUUUUGACCUCUGGAAAAUGACCCAUCGAUAUGUUGGGGAGAGGAGUGUGUGAUUCCCUAUGAAUAUAAAAAUGCUUUAUUGCAUUUCAUGAGAGCCUUGACCAUGUUAGGCUUUUAAACACCUCAUAUAUUUUAUUUUAAGUAAUAGCCCUUUUUAUGUUAUGAAAUUGCCUCCUGCACAGCCUCCUUGAAGCAUGAAGUUGAUCAAGGGUUUUGAUAUCACAGUAUAUAUCAGUAUGUGUAUAUAUAGUGGUGUGUAUAUACAGCUGAAUACCUAGUAGAGCAAGGUUUUUAGAAUGUCGUGUAUGGAGAGCCAAUGUUUUUAAUAAGAGCAGCGAUAAAUGACAGUAGUGUGUAUGUAUAUAUAUGUGUAAUAUAACACUGUAGUGUAUCUUGAGCAGUAAGACCGCAGUACUAUUAAUAUGUCUACUGCAGUAUAUUUGGAAAUAUUUUAAGUGCCUGGUGCAGCGACAUGGAGGUUAGAAGUAAUUUUGACUCUGAUUCCAGUAACUGACAAAACACACAUCUUAGGAUGGUUCCACGCUAGCCAUUGGUGAACAGCCUUGAACUUUGCUAUAUUAUAAUGUUUUCCUCUUAGCUCCGUGACGGCUGCGGUCCUCAUAUGAAAUAAUGAUAUAUAUAAAUAUAUAUCUCCGCGUUCUGCUGCUAUGUUUAGUUGGGUAACGGCCAGUUUCAUCAUGCACAUGGGGAAGUGUGUGUGUGUGUGUGUGUGUGUGUGUGUGUGUGUGUGUGUGUGUGUGUGUGUGUGUGUGUGUGUGUGUGUGUGUGUGUGUGUGUGUGUGUGUGUGUGUGUGUGUGUGUGUGUGUGUGUGUGUGUGUGUGUGUGUGAGAUAAGCACUGGAGACUGAUCGCAGGCAUGGUGCUAUUCUCAGAGUCUGGAUCUCUGGAAGAGGAGGGUGAAGGGAGAUACAGGCCGAAGGGGGGGGCAGAAAUGGUGGAAAGCUUCCCCAGGGAGGAGUGCUUUCCCUGGGGCGGCGUGGUCCGAUUUCAGCCCCCCGUUACUUCACUAGGGUCUGAAAGUACUUUUGACAUAGACAGACAGAUAAACGUAAGUUUGUACAUUUAGACAACGUUGCCAUGCACACCACUUAUUUUUGGUAACAGAAAAGUUCUUAAAGAUGUUGUGCUGCUGCUUGGUUUAACUUAAGUAUACUCAGUUUGGAAGUGUCUUGCUGUAGACUGCUGUGUGUGUGUGUGUGUGUGUGAGUGUUUUAUGCUGUGUAGUCUCUAGAGUAGCGAGCGUUAAUGUACCGUCCCGGACUGACAAUGUUGACUUAAUAACCAUCUUUCAACCCGGUGAAGAAGAGCUAUGGAGAUGUUGUGGUGUUGCAGUCGUUUCGUUUCUUGUCUAUGUGAGGACACCCAAGUCCGAGGCUGUCACUGAUGGUUUUGAUAUGCUGUUUCCCAAUAAGAUGGAAUGUGUGGUUUUGUAAAGUCCCUCUAGGUACCAAGAGUAGAGGGAGACUUUAGAUUCUAUCCUAGCCGAACCCCCAUUGAUGUUGGACCAGUGCUGGUAAUGCUAGAAUGUUGUGUGUUGGAGGAGGAGGAGGAGGGGGAACUGGACGAGGUGUUUGAGGUGGAGGGGAGCCCAGUGGGGUGUCUUUUGAAACCUUUAAGGAACCAGAACACAUGUUUACAGAUCAGAUGUGUUUCCUGCUCCGAGCUGGUUUCUAGAAGGUCAUCCACCAUGCGGAGAGAAAAAUCCCAUUCAAAGACUGUUGAAGCUUGAAGCUAACCUUUUAGCUCGAGGGUUGAGCCUGACAUUUCAAGUUCUUAAGCAAGUACUCUGCUAUAUUUCGAAUACUUUUCUUUUGCCCUUCCAGAAAUAGGUACUACAAGGAGGUGCUGAAUGUUUGUUUUUCUCCAGUUAUCAGUUAUUCCAUAACACUGCCACAGGUCAAGCUCUCCCUUUUUGAAGGUGUCUGGAUAUGAACUAGUAACCCUUAAUCUGACUACAAUGGACGUAGUCUCUGGAUGGAUGUCUGUCUAUUUUCUCGACAACCGUUUAUGCGAUCGACUUCAUCCUGAGCGGAUGUUCUCCCGAGGACCCGAGGAAGUACAGUUUUCAGGUGUCUGGAUUAUUACCGGAGGUCAAGCUAGUUUCCAUUUCGAACAGGCAAAGAUCGAACUGUCACUGCAUUAGUAAUUCUAAUAUAUUAAAAACUAGCUAGUAGCGAUGGUGUGAGAGAGAACCCCAGAAAGUGCCUUUCCUCUCCAAUGAAAUAAGUGAAGUAUUUUCUCUUGAGGACCUCGGAAUUAAACAACUUUUUAUUUGUAUCUUUUAUCUACAACACUGAUUUCAUGCUUGCGCAUUUAAGGGUUACUACGCCGUCUCAGUGUGCCAAUGGGGAGUACCAGGUGGUGACUUACCGUUGCAUGUAUUUAGUGGUUUUCCUUCGGUGCUUGGCAGUGCGUUGAGUCUUGAACCAGUAGUUUGUCUCCAGUACAGAAGAAACCGUUCUGGUUUUACGACGAGGUGGAGAGAGCGGUCAUGAAGAACGAAGUAGUCUUUCAAAAAUCGGUGUAGAGCGAGAAUAGUUCUCCAAAGUAUUGUGUGAGUACUGUCUGGAACACGGACAAGCUCUUUGAGAACUGACUCUCCUUUGAGACUUUGCUCUUCUAAACUGCCCAAAGCCCAUGUCAGGGGUCUUAACUGUGCCUGGGCUAAUGGAAGAGCAGCAUUAGAGUCAGGAUAUUAAGUCAAGCUUUCAUUCAAAAUAAAUGUACUGAUUCAGAUUCGAUGAGAUGCAACAAGGAAAGGUUGUGCAAGUGGAACUAGCUGCUUGUGUUGGAGCUAGCAUUGUGGAGCCUGCAUACUGGCGCUAGUGUGAUGGUGCUAGCAUGGCAGAGGUAGCAUCGUUGGGCUAGAAUGGCAGGGCUAGAAUGGCAGGGCUAGCAUGUUGGAGCUAGCAUGGUAGACGUAGCAUGGUCGGGCUAGCAUGGUCGGGCUAGCGUGGUGGAGCUAGCACAUUGGAGAUCGCAUGGGUAGAGCUAGCAUGUUUGAGCUUGCACUGUACAGUCAGCGCAGUAGCAAUAGUUCUGUGGGUACCUGUUCAGACACCAAAACUUUCUUUCCAGAGAUUUCUAAAGCACUGCACCUCACGUACCUCGGUAUGCUGCAAAUGUUGACUGACCCAAAUAUUGCAAGUAUUGCUUUUAUUAUGACUUAUAACGCUUGACUAAGGCUUGAUUAUAAUAUUAUUAUAGCUAUUUUAGAGGUAAAUAUCUUAUUUUGUCUUAUCCAAACUCAAAUGUCAUGCCCACUUUAUUUUGUUGUCCUAUUAAACUAAAUGUUCUAUAAAUAAAUGUUGACUAAAAAAAUAUCUAUAUCUAUAUCUAUAUAUAUAUAUAAAAUAUAUAUAUAUAUAUAUAUAUAUAUAUAUUUGAUGCUGUAUUUAUCGAGAGCUCUUUUAAGUGGGUGGAGUGUCUGUGGUGAGCAGGUAGGGCGCGUGUACACCCCAACCCUUCCUUCAUGAUGCCUUAACGACAGCACACUGAUAUGGAGGAGGUGCAGGGGGGGACGGGACGUUGGAGACCAGAGACCACAGACCCGGGGGGGGGGGGGGGCAGCCCAAAGAUGAACAAAGACCAGACCAGAGAGGCUAGAAUAGACCAGGCCAGAGGAGUCGAUGGUGCCACUGUCAUGCCAAAUUUGUACCGGCUGCCAAAUUUGUACCGGGCGCGUCAUCCAUACGUAAUCCAUUCCAAACCUGCCUGGCAGCAGAUGAUCGCGUCGUCCGUUGCCGGGCAGGUUUCAAAAAACAUUCGCGCUCAUGUUGCGAAAUAACAUAAUACAGUUAACGGAUCGCUAGAUAACACUUGUUUUUACUUUAUAUUUGUAUUGUAUUCAAUUGUUUAAUCAAAUUUAGCUAGUAACCUGAGUGUUUAAAGCGGGUUUCAAAAAACAUUCGCGCUCAUGUUGCCAAAGACGAAAUAACAUAAUGCAGAAAACGGAUCGCUAGAUAACACUUGUUUUUACUUUAUAUUUGUAUUGUAUUUAAUUGUUUAAUCAAAUUUAGCAAGUAAACUGAGUGUUUAAAGCAGGUCAAGGACGAAAUAGCACAAUACAGAUAACGGAUCGCUAGAUAGAAGGUUCGCGAAUGUCCGUGAACCUUUCACGUCUUCGACGCGAUCGUCCGUUGCCAGGCAACGGACUGCGCGAUCAUCUGUUGCCAGGCAGGUUUGGAAUGGAUUACGUAUGGAUGACGCGCCCGGUACAAAUUUGGCAGCCGGUACAAAUUUGGCAUGACACCACCCUCCGCGUGGAGUCCCGGUUCUGUCUCUCUAUCUAGUCAUCCAUCAGACUCUUUUAUUCAAAGAAAUUGACAGUGAAAGUUUGAGCUACGUGUCAUUAAGGAGCAAGGGGGGGCUAGGGGGCAUCUUGCUCAAGGACGACUACAGGUAGACUGCGGACAUUAGGAGAUCUAACCCAGAACCUUCCUGCCGGGAGUCGAACAUCCUCACCACUAGACUAUCCUCUCUUCAACGUUUACAUUCCAGGAGCCACUGUGAACCCAAUGCCGCUCCAGAGAUUAGCUUUCUGAUCUUCAAACGACGACCUUUGGACCUUCACCCCUCAAUACUUUUUCAAUGUUGCAAAGACUCUGUUACCCAGAAUGCUUCUGUUCUUCUCGCUUUUAGGUUGUCAGCCCUUGGCUGUUGCUUUGUGUCAUUCUCAAGUGCUUUCUUCACUGAAACUUGCAAUAAAAGCUUUGCUCUGUCUA